AUGGGCUCCUACCACUCAACGCUAUACAACCCGAUCCAAAAUCCGCUGUCCUUCUACAUCGGCAAAUGCAAAGAGACGGCGCUGCCCGAUCCCACAUCUACCCCUAGGCAACUCUCCGUCUACCAGCAAGUCUCAACUAAGCUAAAUGAAUCCUUCGAUCCCCAUGCAACGUACUGGUGGCAGACCUCAGGGCGCUUUCUUGCCGGGCUCCUCGAAGACGCCGGGUACACAACGAGCGCCCAAGAGAAGAUCCUCACCUUCUUCAGCCGCACAAUAACCCCCUUCAUGGGCCCAGCUCGCAUAUCUGCCCGUGAGCCGCCGCAAUGGCGCAGCUUCAUGACAGACGACCACUACCCCAUCGAGCUAAGCUGGGACUUCCCCACCGGCCGGAGCGCACCCAGGAUUCGGUUCUCCAUCGAACCACUCAGCGUUAGCGCGGGGACAUCCAUGGAUCCCUAUAACACAGAUGCAAGAUCUGCUUUCCUUGAAGCACUUCUCCGCGCCCUGCCUAACACGGAUCUGGAAACUUUCCGCCAUUUCGAGCGUGCUCUGAUCCCCAGACACGCGGUGAGUAAGGAAGUUCUGGAAGAAGUACAGGGCCACCCAUCCACAAUCUUCUACGGCUUCGAUCUGGAUAACAGCGAAAUCACAACGAAAGCAUACUUCUUCCCUGGACUCAAGGCCCAGCAAACAAACUGCACGAAUCCGGAGGUUGUAGCCAGGGUGAUCGCCACAGCACCACAAUGCAGCCCCAACCAGCUCCACGCCCUCCGCACAUUUAAUGACUUUGUGCGAGAGCAUGACACCGCUGCACCCAACACACCCCUUGAAAUAGACAUGCUGGCAAUCGACCUCGUCGCGCCGACAUCGUCUCGCGUGAAGAUCUACUUCCGGACCCGCGAGACAAGCUUCAGCUCAGUGCGCCAGAUGAUGACGCUGGGCCAGCGUCUUCCAGCGCUAAACCUGCACAGGCUCCGUCUCUUCUGGGACGUCUUGCUCAACCAGGCCGGCGUUCCGGAUGAGCGCCACUUACCCGGUUCUGAUACCCACCGCACGGCCGGGCUCAUCUACAACGUUGAGCUUCGCUGGGGAAGUGCGGCGCCGAAAGUCAAGAUUUAUAUACCCGUGCGCCACUACGCAGACUCCGAUGAGGUUGUUCUUGACGCGGUGCACCGGUACACGGGGUCCGCGAGUCCUGAUCGCGAAAUUGUGGAGGGUGCCUGGGGUUAUGCGGAUACGAUGCGUCGGGAGUUGUAA